CGCGCUCCCGCGGCACCGCCGAGUGUCCCCGUGGGAAGGGACCCGCGGGGAUCGGGGAAUGUCCCCGGGGCGAAGGGACACUCGAGGCUCAUCCAGCCCCGCACACCCCCGUGGGCGCUCCCGCAGGGUCACGGAGCGUCCCGCGGGGGGACACGGGGACGUUACCGGGUGGCAGAGCCGCCCGCGCCGCCGGCCGCCGUUGGCGCGCUGGGGCACGGGGCUGGGGCACGGGAACCCAACCGCCGUGCUGCUCGCCAGAGGGCUGAUGGCACCUGGGGCUGGCGCAGUGGUGGCAGCCCCGUGGUGAGAAACCUGCGGCAGGUGACAGCGCCUCGGGGGUGGCACCUUGGUGGCACCCCCUUGGUGACAAACCUGCAGCCAUCACCGGUGACAGCACCUCGGGGUGGCCCAUUGGUGGCACUCCUUGGUGACAGCACCUCGGGGUUGGCACCUUGGUGGCAGCCCUCGGUGGCAGCUCUGUCCUCGGUGCCAGCGCUCCGUGGCCAUGUUGCGGUGCCAUGUGGUCGCCGUCCACAUUCCCGGGGCCUCUGGCUUCGGUCCCGGUGUCCUGCUGUCCGUCUGCUUCCGAGGCACCUCCAGGAGAACCCAGGUGGUGCCCGAGGAGCGCAGCCUCGCCUGGAAUGAGGAGCUGGUGUGGCCGCUGGACACGUGUCCCCUGAAUGCCACGGACACGCUGAGCCUGCGCCUGCGGCGCUGGGACCGCCCGGUGCCCCAGGGGGACCUGGGUGCCACCACGGUGUCCCUGGACGAGUUGGUGGCCAACCCCAGCCUGCCGAUGGCCCUCAGGGACAUCCCACUGCUGGACCACCGGGAGCGGCGCACGGGGUGCACCGUCACCUUCCGCUGCUCCUACGACCCUCACGGCGCGGCCGGGGACCUCGGUGACACCGCGCUCGGACAGGUGGCACUGGAGCCACCCCGCUGCUCCGGGACGGGCCCUGCGGACAGGAAAGAGGAUUUCCAGGUCCGGGUGAGGGUCAUCAAGGGCCGCCAGCUGCGGGGCAAGGACAUCAAACCCGUGGUGAAGGUCCUCAUCGGGAAGCAGAACUUCCGCACCCGCAGCCGCAGCGGGAACAACCCCUACUUCAAUGAGGUGUUUUGCCAGAAUUUCCACCAGACGCCUGAGCAGCUGGUGGCACAGCCCAUCCGGAUCCAGGUGCUGCGUUCACCAAACAUCUGCACCAAAUCUGUCAUCGGCGUCUUCGAGCUCGAUGUCGGCACCGUCUACUCUGCCCCAGGGCGCAGCCUGAGCGGGAAGUGGCUGAGCCUGCGGCACCCGCGGCACCGCGACGGCCGCUCGCAGGGCUUCUUGCAGCUCAGCCUGGCCGUGCGCCGCGCCGGCGAGCGCGCCCAGGUGAGCCCCCCGCCCUCCCCCGCACCCAAAAACCCUCCCGGGGGGGUCCCCACUGUGUCACCGCCUCCCCACCAAGGGGCAGGAGAUGCCGGCGGGGGACGAGGACGUGGCGGCCAACCUGCUGCGGCCCCCGGCCGGCGGCACCACGCUGCUGCUCCGCGUGUUCCGCGCCGAGGACCUGCCGCGGGCGGAGCCACCGCGGCCGUGCUGGGCGGCACCAAGGGCUCGCUGAAGGUGUCGGUGCGGGUCAGCUUUGGGGGCAGAACGCUCUGCACCCGCGGGGUGCCCCCUGAUGCCAACCCCGAGUGGAACGAGGUUUUCUUCUUCCCCUUGCGGCUGCCGCCCAUCUGUGACGAGAUCCAGCUGGAAAUCCUCCGGGGGUCGUGCCGCAGCAAAGUCCUGGGCAGGGCCACCCUCAGCCUGUCCCAGCUCUACCGGGACCGUGACGAGCUCGAGGAGGGGACCCCCAGUUUCUUCCCCUCCUUCGGACCCAGCUUCCUGCCCUUCUACGGACCCCGGCCCGACGCUCCCAGGGACGCCGGGCUGGUUUAUCGGGGCCGGGUGCUCCUGGAGAUCUGCACCCACCUGGGGAACCCGCCCGGCCGCCAGCGCGACACUCACCGGCCUGGACGCGGAGCGGGCGCAGGUGGGACACGGGGACACGGGGGGCACGGUGCCACCGCCGCGCCCCAGGGCCCAGCUGAGCGUUUGUGGGGUUCGUCCUCGCAGCAGAGCCGCCUGCCCCGCUGCCAGCUGGGGCUCUGUGGGGUUUUCUACGCGGCCACCAUGGUGCCAGGCGGCCCCGAGCCCCUGCGCCUCGAGCUGGGCAUCGGCAGCGCCGCGGCCGUCACCGAGCCGGGGCUGCCCGCGUUCGACGGGAACCUCUACCACCACCUGCCGUGGCUCGGGGACAAACCGGUGGCCGCUGUCACCUCGCUCUGGGAGGACGCCGGGCACCGCUGGGACAGCCUGAACCUGCUGCGAGCCCUGUGCCGGCGCCUGGAGCAGAACCUGGCGCGGCUGCGGCGCUGCCGCGGGGACGCCGCGAGGGCCGUCGGGGCGCGGCUGCUGCGGGAGCUGGCGCGGGACUGCGCGGAGGCCCUGGCCUGCCUGGAGGCCCAGCCCACCCUGACAGCUCUGGACCAGCAGCUGCGCAGCUCCCGCCGGCUCCUCCUGCGGCACCUCGGGCACGUGGCCCGCCAGGAUCCCGAAAAAACGCCGGAAUUCCGCUGGGACACGCUGGGAACGGCGGCCGAGGGGUGGCUGCGACGCGCGGCCGCCGUGGCCGUGGAGCCCCAGGCCGGUGUCCCGGACGUGCAGCUGUGGCUGCUGCAGGGCCAGCGCCGGGUGGGCUCCGCGCGUGUCCCGGCCACCGAUGUCCUUCACUCGCCACGCGGCCCCGGCGCCUGCGGCCGCCUCUGCGGGAGGAUCCACACCCUGUUCCUGGGCUGCGGGGACAUCCACGCGCAGGUGCGGGUCCGGCUGUGGCUGGGACGGGUGGCCGAGAGCGGGGACCUGCCCCGGCUCCUCGAGGGGACCCUGCGCUUCUACACCGAGACGUACGAGAACCAGACGAGGCUGCUGGGGAAAUGGGGGCCCCGGAAGCUUUUGGGGCGCCCGGCGUUCUCGGACAGCUCCGGCCGAGCGGGGCCCCCCCCGGACGAGAUCCGGCCCCCCAAGGGCUGGCGCUGGGAUGGUCCCUGGAGCGUGGAGCGGCCGCGGCGGGUGCUGCCGCGCAGGGACGCCGAGGUGAGCGCGGUGCUGGAGGAGCUGUACGAGAACCAGAGCCGCGAUUCCAGCGGGAACUGGAGCCCCUCCGGCACGGGCAGCACGGACGCCAAGGGAGUGGCGGUGCCACCGAAGGAGGAGGUGGCGUGUCCCCAGGGCUGGCGCGUCACCAGCGACUGGCACGUGGACACGGCGGGGACCGUGGAUGAGGACGGUUGGGAGUACGGGGUGGGCACGGAGGACGGCAGCCCCCCGGCAGCGUGGCACGGCAGGGGACAGCCCUGCCACACCGUGCGGCGCCGGCGCUGGGUCCGGCUCCGCCACAGGGACACGGACAGCUGGACACGGGAGCAGGACACGGACACCCUCAGCCCCCUGGAGACAGACGGCCACUGUCCCCAUGUGACGCUGUCCCCGUGCCGUGUCCCACAGCAGGACCCGGAGGAGCUGUGGGAGGACGAGGCCUGGCAGCCCGAGUGCUUUUGGGGCUGCGCCUUCCAGCCCAAGGUCCCGGCGGGUCCCCGGUGCCGCCGGCGCCGCUGGCAGCGCAGCCUGGUCCCCGCGGAGCCCACACCGGUGGCACCGCUGUUCCUGCUCCGGGGAACCCCGGACACCGAGGACCUGGCCCAGGACAAUCCAGCUGUGGUCCCGCAGCUGCCGGAGAGCUCCUCCCUGACCCCCCUUCAGCAGCCCCCUCUCUUCAUCCUCUGCAGCUUCCAACGGCCCGGCCGCUUCCAGCUCCGCUGUUACAUCUUCCAGGCGCUGGAUCUGGCGCCCGGCAGCGCCAGGACCUCCAUAGAUGCCACCGCCCACGCGUCGUUCGUGUCCCUGAGCCAGCGCACCAGGACGGUGCGGGGGGCCCUGGACCCGCUGUGGGAGCAGACGCUGCUGUUCCCCCGGGUGCUGCUGUUCGGGGACCCCCGCGGGGUCCGGGAUGACCCCCCGGCCGUGGUGGUGGAGGUGUGUGACCAGCGGGGACAGGGUGCCGGUGUUUUCCUGGGGAGGUGCGUGGCCAUCCCGCAGGUGUGGCUGGAUCUGGACCACCGGGAGCCCCCCCGGCUCCAGCCUCACCCCCUGCAGGGGCCGCGGGGUCCGGCCGGGGAGCUGCUGGCGGCCUUCGAGCUCCUGCACGAGCCCGAGGACGGGUCCCUGGCUGCGCUCAGCCCCCCACCACUGAGGAAGGACGAGUUCGGCAUCCCCCGGGAGCUGCGGCCACGCCUGCAGAGGGUGGCACUGGAGGUGCUGGCCUGGGGGCUGCGGGGGCUGCGCGGGGCCGUGCGGGAGCCCCGGCUGGAGCUGCAGUGGGGGGAGCAGACCCUCUGGACGCCCCCGAUCGAGGACAUCGCCGCCAACCCCAACUUCCCCAGCAACGCCUUCGUGCUGACCCUGGUGAGUGGGGGAGGGCUGGGGAGGGACCCCAACCCGCGGGUGGCACCGCGGCUGAGCCGGGCGCGUCCGCAGGCGCUGCCCGAGGAGGAGCGGCUCCUGCCGCCCAUCCGGCUGCGCCUGUGGGACAGGGCGGACACGGAGCGCCGGCUGCUGCUGGGACAGGCCAGCGUCAGGGGCCUGGGCCGGUACCGCUGCCCCCCGCCCCGCCAGGAGCAGCUGCUGGGCUCCGGCAAUCCCGGGAAUGGCUCUUACACCGCUGUGUCCGUGCCAGACGAGCUCCUUUCCCUGCCCGUCACCUCCAGCCGCUGGAGACGUGGGUGUUUCCUUUUCCUCGCCACGGCCCCAGCCAGGAUGGCUCAGGUCCUGCUCAGCUGCCUCAGAAACAACAGGGCCACGGACCAGGACGAGGAGGAAGAGGAGGAGGAGGAGAGGGACUGGUGGAGCAAAUUCUACGCGUCCGUGGAGGACAAGGACGCCCGAUCUCCGCGGGGAAAAAACGGGGACAGGCUGAAGAUCUACGGCUGCGAGCUGGAGGCGGUGCCCGAGUUCGAGGGGCUGCAGGAUUUCUGCCAAACCUUCCCCCUUUACAAACCGGGCCGUCCCCCCCUGCCCGGGCAGCACCCCGAGCCCGUGGGCAGCUUCAAGGGGCUUUUCCGCAUCUACCCCGUGCCCGAGGAGCCCGGGGUGUCCCCCCCGGCCCGCUGCUUCCAGCGGCUGCCGCCCAGCAAACCGCAGGAGUGCCUGGUGCGGGUCUACAUCGUGCGGGCCUUCGACCUGUCCCCUCGCGAUGUCACCGGGCUGAGCGAUCCCUACGUGCGGGUGGCUCUGGGCAAGAAGACGCUGGGAGAGCGGGACCGGUACGUGCCCAACACCCUGGAGCCCGUUUUUGGCAGGAUGUUCGAGCUGACGGCCACCAUCCCUCUGGAGAAGGACCUGCGGGUGACCAUCAUGGACCACGACAAGGUGCCCCCGGACCAGGAGAUCGGGAGCACCACCAUCGACCUGGAGAACCGGCUGCUGUCGCACUUCCGCGCCCACUGCGGGCUGCCCGCCCUGUACCACACCGCGGGCCCCGCGUGCUGGCGGGACCAGCUGUGCCCCAGCCGGACCCUGGAGCUCCUCGCCGGCCUCCGGGGGCUGCCCGCGCCCCUCUUCAACCCCCAGGGCACCGUGGUGACCCUCGACGGGCAGAGCUUCGAGCUCGGACAUUUCGAGAGUGGCCCCCCCGUGUCCCGCCACCCCGGCGAGCCCCGGGAGCGCCUGGCCCUGCACGUGCUGAACCUGUGCGAGCUCGUUCCCGAGCACCUGGAGACCCGCAGCCUCCAGAGCAGCGCCCAGCCCGGCCUCGAGCAGGGCAAGGUGCAGAUGUGGGUGGAUAUCUUCCCCACCAGCCUCGGCCCCCCCGGGCCCCCCGUCAACAUCGACCCCCGCAAGGCCGAGGGGUACGAGCUGCGCUGCGUGGUCUGGAACGUGCGGGACACGGAGCUGGCGGACACCAACCUGCUGGGACAGCGCAUGAGCGACAUCUACGUGUCCGGGUGGCUGGACGGGCUGCCCGAGCAGCGGCAGCAGACCGACAUCCACUAUCGCUCCCGGGACGGGCGCGGGGCCUUCAACUGGCGCUUCGUGUUCCCCUUCGAGUUCCUGGCGGCCGAGAAGCUCUGCGCCAUCCGCCACAAGGAGCACGUGUGGAGCUCGGAUGAGACGCUGCUGAAGGUGCCGCCCAAGCUCAUCCUCCAGGUGUGGGACAACGACAAGUUCAAGGCGGACGAUCUGCUGGGGAUCCUGGAGCUGGAGCUCACCCGGCUGCCCCGGCCGGCCCCCACCGCCCGCCUGUGCCGGGCCGGGCCCCAGGACCUGCCCUGGUGCUCCUGGCCCCGGUGCCGGGCCCCGGUGCCGGCGCGCUCCCCGCUGAACCUGUUCCGCAGGAGGCGGGCGCGGGGCUGGUGGCCCUGCACGAUGCACGAGGACAGCGGCCAGCGGCUCUCUGGGAAGCUGGAGCUCACCCUGGAGCUGCUGAGGGCGCAGGAGGCCGAGGAGCGGCCGGUGGGGAAGGGUCGGGAAGAGCCAAACAAACACCCGACGCUGCCGGAGCCCAAGCGCCCCAAGUCCUCGUUCCUGUGGCUGCAGUCGCCGCUGAGCCUCGUUCGCCACGGGGUGCGCUGGCGCUGGUUCCUCUGGGCCGGCCUGGGGCUGGCGGCCUUUCUGCUGCUCCUCCUGCUCCGCUCCUUCUUCCCGGGCUCGCUCACGGUGAAGGUGGCUGACCCGCGGCAGCUCCUGCAUCCCUCCGAGCCUCUCCCGGGCGGGAUGGGGACGAAACCCUGA